GGAAGCGGCGCGCUGUGGGCGGGGCUUCAUCGCUGCGCAGCCAAUGGGGAGGGCGAGCCGGCUCCCGGUUCCGGUGGGUAGCUGUUCGGUGCCGGCCCGCGGCCCCUCAGCGCCGCCGCCGUCAUGGAGCCGGCAGAGGCGGAGUUCCUGGCCGAGAAGGAGCUGGUGACGAUAGUGCCCAACUUCAGCCUCGACCGGAUCCACCUCAUCGGGGGGGAUUUGGGCCCCUUUAAUCCCGGGUUGCCCGUGGAAGUGCCCGUCUGGUUGGCCAUUAACCUGAAGCAGAGGCAGAAGUGUCGGCUGAUCCCUCCGGAAUGGAUGGAUGUUGCAAAACUGGAGGAAAUCCGUGAGCAGGAACGUAAAGAGGACACCUUCACCCCGAUGCCCAGCCCCUAUUACAUGGAACUCACAAAGCUGCUGUUAAACUACGCCUCGGACAACAUCCCCAAAGCCGACGAGAUCCGGACGCUGGUGAAGGACACGUGGGACACGCGCGUCGCCAAACUGCGCCUCUCAGCCGACAGCUUUGUGCAGCAGCAGGAGGCUCACGCCAAGCUGGAUAACUUAACCUUGAUGGAGAUCAACACAACCGGCACUUUCCUCACCCAAGCCUUAGAUCGCAUGUACAAGCUCCGGACCAACCUCCAGCCUGGUGAAAGCUCCCACUCCCAGGAUUUCUGAGGCAGAAACACCCCUGGACCUUCACCUCCCAAUAUCCACCUCCCUGCACGCAUCUCCUGAGGCCGCCCCGUGUUCCUCGCUGUGCGUCACCCCUCCGGGCAGCUCCUUUUCCGCAGAGGUGGGAUUGUUCCUUGGCUCCAGGGAUGUGGUUUUGGGACAGGGGGAUGUUUUCCAGCGCUGGGCUGAUGAUCUCAGGCUGAUCUCUCUGCCUGUACUUCACCGAGGGAACUUCUGAGGGCAGCACAGGCCGCACGCUGCCUCCAAAAGCCAGAAAUUCUGAAGCGUUGCUGCUUCGCUGUGAAUUUUAUUCUCGGAGCCUUGAAAAAAGGAGGGAGAGGAAGAUGUGGCGGUGACGGGAGAUCAGAUCCAUCUGCGCUUUGCAGAAAGGACAAAAGAAAGUGGGUUUUCCUCCCCAAAGCCAGGUUGGGUUGGCGUUAUCUUAUAUCUGCCUUUUAGGGUUUUUUUAAUCUGAAACUGUGCGUAUAAAACAUAAUAAGAAGAAAAUAUAUAAUUGCGGCUGAGUGAGCAGCAUUAAACAAGUCUCUGUAUUUUGUCGCACACGUAUGUGGGUUAAAUGCUUCUUGGAAAAACCCACAGCAGCAGCGUCACCCCUGGGACAAGGUGACAAUGUCCCCAGCCAGGCUGGGGGAUGCUCAGAGCUGGAGCCGCUUCCCCAUCACCCGGGGGGGAGAAAGAAUCUUUUGCUGUCAUUGUGGAAGAGUUUAUUAUUAUUAUUCUUAUCCUUUUUUUUUUGAUGUUUUCAGAAAUUACAGCAAUAUAUUCAUAAAUAACUAAUUACUACAUUCAACAAAUAAUAUAUUACAUUACAAUUAAUUCAACCAAGUACACUUAGAAUAUGUGUAGGGUUUGUUUGGUUUGAUUUUUUAAAAAUUUUUCUUCUCUUUUAUUUUUUUUCCCAAAGUUUGUUUUCCUUCACAGCAGCGCGGGCUCUGCUUUGCCUUUCCCCCCUCGCAGCCCCCCUGGGCUCAACCGCAGCGAUUCUGCACGGGGUACGUCAGACACAACCCCUCAGAAUAAUUCUGAGAAAUUGGUCAAAAAAACCCUGAUUAUGGGGCUGGUGUGGGGGCAAAAAUCUCAGCACAGGCUCAGGUGACAUCCCAGCAUCAUCACGGUGAGGGAUAAAUUGUUAAACUAUCUGAUUUUCCACCCCUGGCUCCUUUUCCCCCCACCCCAGCAGAUGGGAAGGAAAAAGCGACUCGAGCAGCGACCAAGGGUUUUAUUUUUUGCCGCGUUAAAAUUCACGGCGAAGGCCGGAGUUGGCAGCGGUGAGGCCAGAGGCUGGCGCUGCAAUCGGGGAUUUAAAAGAAGAUUAAACUAAUUUCUGUCACAAGGGCAUUUUGCUUUUUAAUCUUGCACAGCUUUUUUUUUUGGGGGGGUGGAAGCCAAUGGGAGAUGGAAGGUGGAGCUUGGGGGGGGGGGGUUAAUUCUUUCUUUGUGAGAGCAACAAGGGAAUUGAAAGCAGAGGUCACCUUUCCCUGUAGGCAUCAGCUUGUCUCAUGGCAAAUUAAAUUAUUAUUAUUUUUUUUAAUUAGGAAGUGGCUGAAGAUGCCCAAUCUGAACCUGUUCCCACAUAUGGGCAGGGAGAGCUUGACCCCCCCAGCUUGUCCCCAUGGUGCCACCAACCCCAUGAUUGUCUCGUUAUUUCGGAGGGGACAAGGACACCUCUGUGUCACCCAUCCCCGAACCCACAACCCCCCUCAGAGAAAUCGCUUCGUAUUUUUUUUUUAAUAUUUUUAAUUUGGCAGAUGGAACCAGCACAAGGUGCCCGGCCCCACAACACCCACAACUGCACUGCUGGGGCAGAAAAAGGUAAAAAACAAACCCCAAAAGAAACUAAAAACCAGGAGAGAGGGUGUUGGGAAAGCAAGUGCCCCGCUGGAAAAGGGGAUUUAUUUUUUCCUGGUUUUCAAUUAUUUUAAAACACUUCAAUGUGUUUAAAACAGUUCUCUGUCCUGACCAGCAGCAGUAGAUACACCAAGAGCAAGUUAAUCCUUUUGCCAAAAAAAUAAAAGGGGGAGGAGGGGAGAAAGGAAAAAAUAAUAGUAAUAAAAAAGCAAAAAAAAAGCAGAAACAUAUUAAAAAAAAAAAAGGGCAAACUUUUUAUGACAAUAAUUAAAGUAAUAAAAACAUACAAAA